CUCGCUGUGGGCCGUUGCCCGGGGCAACCAAGCAGCAGCUAGAGGGAUGAAGGCAACUGCUAGGCCGCUGGCAGGAGCAUCAGGGCCUCUGUGACCCCUCGAUUAAGUGGGUUCAGAGCCCCCCUCCGACAGCAGCUACUUCUUCCCCCUCCAGGCCACUCUUGGUCUUUCUCCUCUUCAGGAAGUGAAGACACUGAAUGGGAAAAUUCAAACUCUUCCUGAGAUUCCAUGGUUAAUAGGACUCGCUCUGCACGGCAAGAAAAGAAAUAAUUUCCUCAAAUCUCUUGACUGGGGCUCUUCCGUUUAUUGAUGGUCUGGAGAAGUUGAAAAUUAAAAGACUGAGAUUAGAGCAAUGCUUGAAGUCCGAAAAAAAAAUCCAGAUGUAUGCUUGUCAGUUGGAAGCGCCUUACUUCUUAAACCCCAGAUGUGAGUAGUGACAACGCUAGAAGCUACGCAGAGCUCCUGAUAGAAAUACGGGAGCCGAUGUGAGGAAAUGGCCGAUAAAAGUCCAGCUCCAUUUUACUGCUCAAAUCCAUUUUACACCAUCAAAUUCUUCGUUCUCUGCCACGGAUUCCUGCAGUUCUCCCAACUGAUGACGUCCGGCUACAUGAAAAGUUCGAUUUCCACCAUCGAGAGGCGCUUUGGUCUCUCCAGCCAGACGUCUGGCAUGGUGGCCUCCUUCCACGAGGUUGGAAACACGAUGCUCAUCAUCUUUGUGAGUUAUUUUGGCAGCCGAGUCCACAGGCCACGGCUCAUUGGCUGCGGUGCCAUCCUCGUCUCCGUGGCCGGAUUGGUCAUUUCCGUUCCACACUUUGUCUCACCGCCUUACGAAUACGAUCAGUCCAUUUCGGGUUCCUCGAGUAACACCACGGAUAUCUGUCUCCCGAAUCGGAAAGGGCCCGUGACGGACGUCUGCACUGGCAGCCAGAGAGAGAGCAACAUGAUCCUGAUCUUGCUCCUCUUCGGGCAAACCUUGCUGGGCAUCGGUGGGGUGCCCAUCCAGCCCUUUGGCAUCUCCUACAUAGACGACUUCGCCAGCCCAACCAACUCCCCUCUCUAUAUAGGGUUUAUUUUUGCUGCCACCGCACUCGGUCCGGCCGUCGCCUUCAUCUUGGGAUCGUUUAUGCUCCGUUUCUAUGUCGACAUCGACAAAGUUUCUUCAGCGGAAGUCCACAUCACUAACAAGGAUCCCCGUUGGGUUGGGGCCUGGUGGCUCGGCUUCAUUUUUGCCGCCAGCACGGUGGCCCUCGCCUCGAUCCCUUAUUUUUUCUUCCCGAGAGAAAUGCCAAAAGAGGAUGAGGCCGCACGAAAAAACAUUGGGGACAUGACGAAGGAAGAAGUCGCCGAGAAGCUUAAAGAUAAGACCCCGGAGGAGGAAGGCUUCACUCUCUUUCAGUUCAUCAAAAUGUUUCCGGUGGUGCUGCUAAGAAAUCUCAAGAAUCCGAUUUUCGUCAUGGUGGUUUUUGCGAUGGUUAACCUUUCGGCCAUGAUUGCUGGUUUAUCCACUUUCCUGGCUAAAUUCCUGGAGCAGCAAUUUACUCUGUCAGCAUCCGUGGCCAACAUGAUCCUAGGAGCCGUCAACAUCCCGGGGGCCAUGCUGGGAAUCAUCCUUGGCGGUGCCCUCAUGAAGAGCUGCCAUUUCUCUCUCCAGCAAGCGACCCUCAUGUGCAUCAUCAGCAUGGCCUUUUGUGCCCUCUUCGACGUGCCCUUACUCUUCAUGGGGUGUCCCACCCAGAGGAUCGCAGGGCUGGAUUACUCCGGAAGUUCGGGACCUUGGCAGCUGAUUACGCCUUGCAACCUUAAGUGCAAUUGUUCGCUCUCCUUUUUCAACCCGGUUUGUGGGCAGGACCGCAUGGAAUACCUCUCCCCUUGCUUUGCGGGCUGCAUCAAAAUCAACAUCAAUCCCAUCACCAGGGCCGUCAUGAAUUACACCGAAUGCAAUUGUAUCAUCGUCAACGGUGCCAUCGGGUACGCUGCGCCCGGCCACUGCAGCUCUUCCUGUGCCCACUUCCUGAUGCCCUUCGUUCUGAUUGCUGCGAUAUCCGGAUUCUUAGGCAGCCUCUCCCACACGCCAGCCUUCGUGCUGGUUCUCAGGAGCGUCAAGAGACAAGACAAAUCGUUCGCCCUGGGCCUACAGUUUCUGCUCCUGAGGGUUCUCGCCUGGCUGCCUGCGCCCGUAAUCUACGGCAGUGCCAUCGACACAACCUGUCUCCUGUGGCAAUAUAAGUGCAAAAAGAGAGCAGGCUGUCGAUACUACAACCACACAGCCUUCCGCAAAAGCUUCGUGGGCAUCCAGCUUUUGUUCGAAAUCUGCUGUUUUCUGUCCUUCUGCAUCGUCUACGUCCUUCUCGUUCGAAAGGAGGACGAAGAGGAGGGAGAGGAAGAGAAACGGGGAGCUUCCCCAAAACCCACCAGCUAAAUCAUAUCCUGGAUAUUAUGGGGAGCUCUGCCAAAUGAAUGGAAAUCGAAUCGUUUGGCAGGAGUGAAACUAGGAUGAAACAGAGGACUUCCCUGUGCCGAGAUCCAAUUUGGACCUAUAUUUCUAUAUUUCUUUCUUUUUUUUUUGUUCCUUUUUUCUUUCGUUUCCUUCUUUUCUUCCUUCCUUCUUUCUCUUUCUUUCUUUCUUUCUUUCUUUCUUUCUUUCUUUCUUUCUUUCUUUCUUUCCUUCCUUCCUUCCUUCCUUCCUUCCUUCCUUCCUUCCUUCCUUCCCUCUCUCUCUCUCUCUCUCUCUCUCUCUCUCUCUCUCUCUUUCUUUCUUUCUUUCUUUCUUUCUUUCUCUUUCGUGCAUGUGACUGGAUGUUCCUAGCCCGUCUGCCAUUUGCUGUAGGGCAAAAUAGAAAUAAAUAUGUAAUUUGACUGUC